GAGGGUGAAUGACUUCCUAGCAGCUGUUGUUCAUCUCACAAUAAGGGCGCCUCUCAAGCACCUCUAUGUGGGACUGUACCUGUUAGCUGAGUUGUUAAACUGAGCUGAACUCAGUCCAACUUUCAUUGCUUGACAGAAGUUUUCCUUAAGUGCAGUGUAAAAAUCUUAAAUCAAAAGAUUUGAUCUUGAGAAGCACUUGACAAUUUCAUCAAAAAGUGUUCAUCAAACCCCCCAAACCCUCCUUACAAGGUGACCAGGUGUACAUCAAUUUGGGAUCAAGGAAAGAGUUACAAUGAUGAUCCAGCUUCCCCGGAGACUGCUGCUAUGUUUCAUAGCUGUGGUGGGAAUCGGAUUGUUUGCAUUAUUUGUAGUGUGCAUGGAACUGCAGAUUCAAACGCCAUCGGAAAAACCUACCAGCUUCAACAUAAAACACUACAGGUACAAUGAAAACAAUAGUUUGAACUAUCAACAGUCUUCUGAAAAUGAACUGAAGAUUUCAGUUAAAGAAUCAGAUCUUCCAGAUCCAUCAACCACAAAAUACCCACAACCUCACAUUACAAAUCUAAACACAAACCCUUCCAGGACAGUACCAGAAGAAGGGACAAAAAUAGUCAUCCCAGUAAAACCCACUAUGGCAGAAUUUUUUGGUGACCAGUAUGCUGUGGAUGAUGUUCCUUCACAAACAGACUGUCCAAACAAUAUCAGAAAGCGUAUACUUCAGACCAACUUCUCUGAGACGUUUCUACAAACAAUUCCAGUCCUGCAGUGGGCAAAGCAUUUUACUCCAGAAGAGUACCAGCGAUUGAAACGUUAUAGUGGAGCUCAUGGCUGGGGAGGUGUUUCUGUCGAUGUGUUAAAGAGCUCACUGGGAAUUUUUAACACAUCCGCAAAUCGGUUAAUGUUUGACGACUGGGAGCAAAGGAAAAGCAGAUCGCAGUGCAUCCGCUGUGCCGUGGUGGGAAACGGAGGAAUACUGAAUGGAUCAAAAAAAGGCAAAGAGAUUGAUGAGCACGAUUAUGUGUUCAGGGUGAAUGGUGCGAUUUUAAAGGGGUUUGAGGAGGAUGUGGGAUCUCGAACAUCUUUUUAUACAUUCUCAACAAACACCAUGCGAAAUUCCUUACGUGGUUAUGGUGGAUUGGGCUUCAAGGGACCACCAAUAUCCAAUGAGACCAGAUACAUUUUUUUGCCAGAUCACGACCGAGACUACAUUCUUAUGAGAGCGGCCGCCACACAUACAGUCAUUGAAGAAGGCCCUGAGCGCAGCACAACACCACCUAAAUACUUUGGUGAAAAUGUGACGGUGAAAAACUUCAAAAUGUACCACCCGGAUUUUGUCCGUUAUCUUAGAAACAGGUUCUUGUACUCAAACCUUUUGAAAACAGGUGCAAGAAGGUAUUACAGACCAACAACAGGAGCGGUGAUGCUCCUGGCUGCUCUUCAUACGUGUGAUCAGGUUGACGCAUACGGGUAUAUGACUCCAAACUGGACUUCAUUCUCGGACCACUACUAUGACAGAACGAUAAAGCCUGUGCGUUUUUAUGCCAAUCAUGACAUGCGUAUGGAGAUGAGGUUGUGGAAGCAGUUGCAUGAGGCCGGAUUGAUAAAUCUCUUCACGCGUAACUGAGAACGCUCUGUACAAGGUGUUUAUUUAAACUGAAAAGGGUGGCAUUUGGUCACAGGAUAAACUUGUUCUUCUUUUCAAACCUUUAUUUGGGAUUUCUGCUUCAAAAGGUGAAGAUCAGACCUUGUUUAGUUAUCACUAUGACUAGUGCAUCAUGGAAAGAGGAGCUGAAAACAAGGUUAGAUAUUGGAAUAACUAACCCAGUUAUACUUUUGCUUGUCCACAAAUGGUGAAUCAUUGCAGAUGGAGGUGGGGCAGAAUGAAGUCUAUCUGGUCUACAUAACUGUAAUGCGUUUACGUGCCUUAACUCAGUAAAUGAUCUGUGAAAGACAGAAUCAACCAAAGAGGUUAUUUUAAAAUGAUUUUUCAUGGUAUAUGAAUGUAAACAUUUUCCCAUUAUGUCCUUGUUGCGUCGCGGGUAGAUCUACAUGUAUGGUUUUCUGUUUUAAGGAGGACUAUUAAAGCUUUAAAGUGCGAUAUAUUAUAUUUAAUACAGAAGCUAUUUAAUUUGAAAUGUGAAUUGUUUUGAUCUGUUCUA